AUCAGGACUCGAUGUGGCUUUGUCGUGGGGUUGUUUUGUUGCCGGCACGUUGCGAUACGCGACAGAAACGUGUGAUUUAUGAAUCAAAAUCGCGACGGAAGUUUGAGGUGUCAUUGCGCACAAGUCACUCGAUCGAUCGCCGCGAACUGCUCCGCGAAACUGCGAGUAUCGAUCGAUGAUUCGAGAGUUACGAUUAGUGGAGAACGCGCGACGGCGCGAUUACGAUGUUUCGAGAAUUCGAAUCUCAUUUCGACGCGAGUGUAUCUUGCGCACAUAAUUUGUGAAUUUUUUUUUCUCUCUUAACAUUUUUAUUGUUUUCGUAACGCCAUUUACGAACAUUUGGACUUUUGAACGCGCACAUAGCUGUCUCGUAAGUGUAACACACGCGCUCGAUAUCGCCGUGACAUUUAGGUUAAGUGAAAAAAAUCGAAGCCCUUGACGGACGCGCGCUAUGCUCCAAGUAAAUACUACAUACACCUAUUCCCGGAUAUCUGUAGCACCGUAUUCAAUUAACCGGCAUGCGUGUUACGGUCUUCGUCGCCACUUGUGUCGAUACGUAGUAUCGAUACAUCGUGAUUAACUCCGUCUGCGACUUCAUGCAGUUUACACCGCAUCUUUUUUCAACUGCUGCUAGAAAUGGCCAAUGUAUUAUAUAAAUGACAGGAAAUUUAAUUAAUGAUGCAGCAUAUUAUCGACCACGUCGAUUCAAACUAGCAAGUUUCCUAUUUAAAAUUUAAAAUAACCAGUAAACAGUCGUUGUGACAAGCAGAUAAACUUUUAACCUGUUUUAUUUCAAUUAUAUUUGACGUUAUAUUUAGAAAAAAAAAAUAUCAAAAAACUAUUAGAAUCUUUCUAUUUUAUAUGUUAUAACAGAAAAGAACAGAGAUUUUUGCGAUUGUCGUUUUAAUAUUGUCGUGUAAGUGUUCCGAAAAUUUAUUAGUCUGCCAAAUUAGUUGCUCGUGUAUCGUAACGGAAGAUUUGGACCGGCGGAAUUUUGAAACACGAAUCGAAUCGACUUUGCGAGUUCAGCCGAGGCUUGCGUCGAAUAUUUUAUUCUGUUCUGCGGGGGAUGGUUUUCCCGCGCGAUCGAACGCAUUAGUAGUGGGAUUCGCGACAGACGUCGAGACAGAAAAGCUCGAAAUACGAGGAGAACCUCGUCUUCGAGAGAAGAGUCGCAUUUGCGCCGCCUCACGUUACGAACAAUAAAACUACAAUCGCCACUCAGAGAAGCUGUCAGAAGAAGCUUCGCUCCGUUACGGAUCCGUUUAUCUGGUAAAUCUAGUGAUCAUUUGUUCGCGCAACAUCCGUGAAAUCCCACGGCAGCGACAAAUUUACCUAACAUAGAACGUAUCGAUCAUGAAAUAAAAACAAAUGAUAUAACAAAUAGCGGUGAGAACGGAUGAAGUUUCAACUUGUCGCGGUCAUCGUUUGAGAAAUUGCGUUCACAUCGAUCAAAAAUCUGUCGGAAAGAUCAAUCAAGCUCUCAAUCAAAUCGCGAAAAGUUCUUCCUCUCGAUCGAGAAGGUUCUCUCAAGGGUUUAAAAGAAGGAUGAAGAUUGCGUAGCGUGGACAGAAAACCAUCGAGCGGCGAUAUAACGCAGGUGAGCGGCGACACGGAUAGGGGACAGUAGUGUCGCGGGCUACGACAGAGCAACAACAACAACAACGAUAAAGAGCCAGCGGACGAUGUGGACGGCGGCGCAAUGCAGCAGCGGCAACGGCACCAGCAGCAGCAGCUACAGCAGCAGAAGCAACAGCAACGACGACAUCAACGGCGAGAGCGCCAGCAGCGUCGGGGGUUGCAAUUAGUGCUGGCUCGCAACGACCGCGAGACUACGUAACGACUGAAGAGAAGGGGGCGCGCAGAAGUGGUCGUCAGGGGGUCGAGGGUGUGUGCAGUGCGCGUGAAAGGGGAACAAAAUGUGGUGGAGGUGGAGGUGGUGGAAUGUCGUGACGACGACGACGAGGACGACGACGAUGGUGCUGAUCCUAGGAAUCGCCGCCGCGGUGUACUCGCCGCCGAUAGAAACACCCGAUCUGAAUAAGCCAUCAUCGAUCGUUGUCGUAGAAGGCGUUGUCGGAAAGAAGGCGCAACUUCCUUGCAAUAUUCAUCCCGCCGAUAACGACGACGUUAGCAUGGUGCUUUGGUACAAGGAAGGAAUAACCGAGCCGAUUUACAGCGUUGACGCCCGCAACCGCCGGCAACUCAGCAACGCCCGUUUUUGGUCGUCGCCCGCGGUAUUGGGACCAAGAGCUUAUUUUGUCACGGCGACGAAUCCAGCUCACCUCACCAUUGAUCGGCUGGAAAGCACGGACCAGGGAAUCUAUCGGUGCCGGGUGGACUUCAGAAACUCGCCGACGCGGAAACAAAAGACGAACUUAACCGUUAUAGUGCCUCCGUCGAAGCCGAUAAUAUUGGACGGGACGACGAGGAAACUAAGGGACGUCGAGCAACCGUACAACGAGGGAGGCGACGUAAACCUGAUUUGCGAGGUUCGAGGUGGCAAGCCGCCCCCGAAGCUGAGGUGGUAUCUCGACAACACCGUGAUAGACGAGUCCUAUCACUACGAUGCCGAGACCGAGGUAACGCUUAACCACUUGGUGUAUCCGAAAAUUGGCCGAGAGCAUCUCAAGACGAGACUGAUCUGUCAGGCCAGCAACACGAAUUUAGUGCCACCGGAGACAAAACUGAUCGUCCUCGAUAUGAAUCUAAAACCAGUGAUGGUUCAGAUCUUAACGAAGGAAACGCGAGUUUCGGCCGACAAAAAUUACAACGUAGAAUGUCGUACGAGCGGUUCGCGGCCCGAGGCAGUGAUCACGUGGUGGAAGGCAAACAAGCAGAUCAAGAAGAUGGCUCAGAACUAUCCGCUCGAGAACAAUCAGAGCCUGAGUAUCCUCAGCUUUGUGCCAACUAUAGAGGACGACGGUAAAUAUUUGACAUGCCGCGCGGAAAAUCCUGCCAUACUCGACAGUGCGUUGGAGGAUAAGUGGCGGCUCGACGUACAAUACCAGCCGGUGGUCAACCUGAGGAUGGGCGAGACGCUGAAUCCGAAUGACAUCAAAGAGGGCGAUGACGUGUAUUUCGAGUGCAUAGUGCAGGCAAAUCCGAAGGUGUACAAGCUCGCCUGGUUCAAGGAUGGUAAAGAGCUGAAGAACAAUUCGACGGCCGGGGUGAUUUUCAGCGAUUUUUCAUUGGUGCUGCAAGGUUUGACUCGUUAUUCCGCCGGCGAUUACACCUGUCUCGCGGCGAACAGCGAAGGAAAGACCGCCAGUAAUCCGGUGUCUCUUCAGAUAAUGUAUGCACCGGUGUGUAAGGAGGGCAAGAGUGAGGUGGUGGUCGGCGCUUUGAAGCAGGAAACUGUGUUGUUAGCCUGUUCCGUGGAGAGCCAUCCGGCGCCAGUGACUUACCACUGGACGUUCAAUAAUUCCGGCGAGCUCGUCGACGUGCAGUCUCGUUAUUCCCACGUAUCGGCGUCUGGCACACCGUCCGCCUCGGACACUCUGAAAGAGUACCAACAGUUUCGCGGCCCCAAUCUCGACUACACACCGGCUACGGAAAUGGAUUACGGCACGGUGGCGUGCUGGGCGAGCAACCAGGUUGGCAAGCAACGAACGCCCUGCCUCUUUCAGGUUAUAGCCGCGGGCCGUCCGUAUGCUCUUCACAAUUGCAGCGCCACGGAAAUGUCGGCGCCUCUGGACGUGGAGGAGCUCGGUACGAAGUCGGGAACAGGGCUGGUAGUCCGAUGCCUCGAGGGUUACGACGGAGGUCUUCCGAUAUACAGUUAUCUGCUCGAGGUCGUGGCCGACGAGGACGGAGGUCCGAUUCUGUUAAAUAAAAGCGUGCCGGCAAGUCCCAACGGACCUACCUUCGAGGUCGCAGGACUAACGACGGGAAGGAGUUAUCGACUUUUUCUCUACGCAAUUAAUGCGAAGGGGAGGAGCGAACCUGCCAUCCUCGAACCGGUAACCCUAAAAGGCGUCGCUAUGUAUACAACCGGCAACACCAACGCAUCGAUGCUGAAUCCGUUGUUGCUGGGCUUGGCAGCAAUUGCGACCCUUGUGGCUCUGAUCGUAGCUGGAAUCGUGGCGGCGCUCUACCGGAAGCACUCCACCGGCCGACCCGGAAGUCCAAAGCACGCUCCUAUCGUAUGCGAACCGCCUAAUGCAGGUGCAACCACCCCGGUGCACCCUCAGACCAAGCAGGCGGUCGAUGACAUCGAUCCGGACAUCAUACCCAACGAGUACGAAAGAAGACCCCUAACGUACACCCCCGUCUACAAGACAACACCACAACGAAGAAAGAAAGAUCGCGCCACCGAUGAAGACGUCUCGCCGGAGAAGAGGCCAAUCGUACAGCACGGUCUGGAUCUGCCCUCGGAUCCAAUGCUGACUAACUGCCUGCCAACGCCUACCAUAAAUUACUCGCAAAAUCAUGUAUCUCAGCAAAGUACUUACAACAAUCCGCCCACAAUGGCUGAUUUCAAACAGAUGGCGAUGGACGCCUAUAAUCAACGCAACUACCACAAUGUAUUUUAUAGUCUUCAGAGGACAGGCAAAGGAUUCUCGUCGAUGCCACAGAGGCCCGUUUCAUCGUCGGUCUCCGCGCAAGGCAAAUUCCAUCAACCGGAAGUGGUGACACGCUCGAAUCGGAUACAAGAGAGCUGUAUAUAAGUUCGAGGGGACUCCCUGCGGGAAUCAGCCCCGUGAGCUUCUUCUAAGACGCCGCCGGCGAUUAUAUUUACACGUGUAAAUGUGACGAGUUGCGAGCGCAGAGCAGCGUCACAUGGAGAUUUCCGAGACGCAAAACGUGCGCGAGGUCUAACGUUGGUAUCUUCCUAUAGUUUGAUAUCUUCCCGCGCGAGUUUCGAGUCAUUCCGCGCGUGAAACACACUCUACCUUUUACUUGUACAAAACCGUCGAGAACCUGGCGAUAUCUUGAGCUCCGUAUAGACGGAAAACGCAAUCUCUCCGCGAAAUUACCGCCGAAUAUACCGCCAGGAAUGACUACAUUUUCAUACAUAAUUUCGCCGGCGAGACGAAGCAAACGAUAUUAGCGAGAAUUAGAGGGAUAUGAUACUCGUACAUGUCCAAAAAUAUUUCUUUACUGCCGUACUGAGAUUAUAAGCGAAUAAUAUCGUACAAAGAGAGAUUUUAAUCCCUAAGUAGUUGAUAUCAAUAACAAGCGAGAAAAAGAAACAGAGACGAUGGAAGAUGAGGCUGGGUCAGAGAGAGAGAGCUGAAAGAACAUUUUACAACACAACGGCGCUUUAUACUUUAUUCAUACUUCUGGUACUUUUCAACAAUCGCGCACAAAACGACGUCUUUUUAUAUGGUCUUCACAUAAUAAUUCUUUUGGAACUUUUACAAUCUACAAUCCACACUUUCGUCCUUGGGGUUUUUGUAACGUGACACGGUUAAAAAAAAGAGUAUUUAGAGCUCAUCCUCCAGCCUUGUCCUCGAAAUAACUAACUACAACACGAUCGUAUUCGAAGCUCAUAACUGCUCAUGUUUUUCGUACGCAAAAUUUUUUAUAACAAUCCGGAGAGAGAAAAAAAUGUAUUCGUUCGAAAGACUUCGCCGAAACUCGAGAAAAUCCUCUCCCCAGAAAGCGGACGUCUUCGUUCUCGAUCACUCUGACGCGGACACACACACGUGGAUUUUACCUGUUUAUAUAUAAAACUAGUUUUUGUACAAAGAUCUAUUGUAAAUAGACACGAGCCUGGACCUUAGAGUUAUAGCCACUACUGUUCGAAUUUCAUCCGUUACAUGUUAAGCCGAGAAAUGUCCGUUCGCGUAAAGAUAAACCUCGAUGGCAUACGAAAUAAAGGGAAUACGUCUCAUCUGUUUUACACAAACGAGCUCAGCUUGUUCGUUCCAUUUGACCCCUUCAUGCUCUCCUCUCCAUUAAGAUCAAAACAACGUGCGGGGAGAUGCGGAAAUUCCCAUGGUACGUGCAACGAAUUUAUUCCCCCCCUGUUUGUGUUGCGCUUCUCUCUAUUUCGAACGUUGAAAGAAAUUAUACUCAAACGUUAACGUAACAGAUCCGAUGCAUAUCUAUCAAUUUUUAUCUGUCAUUCAAUUACAUCAAGUAUAACUUUACUUAUUUCAUCACGUUGUAUUUUAUAUAUUACGUUGUGUAU